GAUUUAUGCUUUGCGUGCUGAUGUUCAUCUUCUGCCUGAUUGGCAUGCUUCCAGAGAUCCAUUCAGGGCGACGCCCUUCCCCUGUCAAGGAUUUGGUACAGAGGUACUUGAUUUGCAAGUGCGUCUCUAGCCUGGUUAUCGCGGUCCUGGUCAUGUGCGCGCUAUGGGCAAUGAAGGUUCCGUUGGUUGUCGUCUGGGGCCUCGUCACUUUCAUCACGAACUUCAUUCCGAACUUAGGUCCUCUCUUUGCAAUCCUGGCGCCAAUCCCAUUUGUUUGGCUAAAGCCGGAUGGUACGUUACUGGAUACCUUUAUCGUCAUUCUCGUUCAGUUCUUGGUGCACAACAUAGCUGGCAACAUCAUCGAGCCCCACAUUAUGUCACAGGGUCUUGAGCUACACCCGCUGACAAUUGUGGUGGCUCUCAUGUUUUGGAGCAGCAUUUGGGGAAUUGCAGGAGCUGUGCUCUCCGUACCAAUCAGUUGCGUGCUGCGUCUAUGGCUUGGAGAGCUGGAAGAUCAUCGAGCCCAGCGCUUGUACAGAUGCUUGGUUUAG